UGGAACAAUCUUUAGCGCUAAUGUUUCUGUUGUUUGGGGGAAGCGAAUGUGUGUAGAACCAGGAUGUUCGGCCGGCUUUUCAACAUGGACGCGUCCACAGAGGCUGCUUUUUGAAGGAGACUAAUUUCUUCGUACGUUCGUCAGCAUACAUGUCCUGUUUCCAGAAGGUCAGUGUAAUGACUCCACCAUGAAGUGUGCCCGCUGCCUGCUCCAGCUGCAGUGUCUCAGAUUGGUGGGCCAGUCAGCCAGGUCUGCUGCCCAGUAUGGCGCUCUGCUCCAGUCAGCCUCCUCCAGACAACCCGACAUGCCACAUAACACCCAGCACCAGGUGUUAAGGCGUUUCCAGAGCAGCCCAGCAUGUGCCAAGAGUCGACAUGUACCCGCAGAGUUUAUCAAUGAGGACGACAAGAAGAGGGACAAGUCUCUGGUCACCCAUGAUGACCUGUUUGAGCAGGUGGCCAAAGAGGCCAAAACCAAGGCCACAUUUAACAAAGUGGUGGACGUCUUCAUCAAGAGAGACGUGAGACGGCGGGGUCACGUGGAGUUUAUCUACGCUGCUCUGAAGAAGAUGCCGGAGUUCGGCGUGGCGAGAGACCUGGCCGUGUACAACAAGCUGCUGGAUGUUUUUCCCAAAGAGGUGUUCGUGCCCAGAAACUUUAUCCAGCGAAUGUUCAACCACUAUCCCCGACAGCAGGAGUGUGGAGUGCAGUUACUGGAGCAGAUGGAGAACUAUGGUAUCAUGCCCAACAUGGAAACCAAAGUCCUGCUGGUCCAGAUCUUUGGAGAGAAGAGCCACCCCAUGAGGAAGUACCAGCGCAUCAUGUACUGGUUCCCCAAAUUCAAACACAUAAACCCCUUCCCCGUCCCCCAGCAGCUGCCUGUAGAUCCAGUGGACCUGGCUAACUUCACCCUGACUCGCAUCGCUAAUGACCUGGAUGCUAAAGUCACUGUGUACCAGAUGCCCUGUACAGACAUUACAGAGAGUGGAGAGCAGAUGACACUUCCACAUAUAGUAGGUAUCCAGAGCCCCAGCCAGAUGGAGCAGCUGGCCAAGCAUAACCCGAGCAGGCCGGUGUUUGUGGAGGGACCCUUCCCUCUAUGGCUGAGGAAGACGUGUGUGUACUACUACAUCCUCAGGGCUGACCCCACCCCGCCUGACGAGAAGGUAGAGGAGCCCUAUGAUCCAGAGAGGUGUUUGGACUAUCCUCUGCAGCUAGACCUGGAUUUGGACCGCGACCUCGGGGACGACGAGAGCUUCAGUGUGGAAGACUUGGAUGAGGGUCCAGUCUAUGCCAUGUGUAUGACCAGCCAGGGAGACCAGGCCACUCUCAACCAGUGGAUCUCUGGCCUCCAGCAGAACAAUCCCGUCCUGGGUCAAGUUCCUACUCUGUUCCGCCUGGACGCUGGGCCCAAGGAACUGCAGGGGACGGCUGAAACAGAGUCAGGCUACCACCACAGGCCAGACUUUGAGACCCAGAGAGAGGAGAGACGGCCUGAAGAGGAACCUGAGGUUAUAGUGGAAGAAGAGCCUAGAAGAAGCCAGGGGAUGAAACAGUGAACAGCAGUCAGACUGUGUGGUUAAGACUGACAAAAAAAAUCAUGACAUACUGUAUAUGGCUGAUUUUAGAAGUAUAUGUUCAUGCUGGGUAGGGGCUGAACUAGUACGAGGUACUGGUUAAUAUAACUUGGGAACACACCAAUUCAGCAGAACCUAAUAAUGUUUAGUUCAGGUAAGAUUCAGUAAUCAAAUAAAUUAAAUUAAAAAAAACUGUGUGCUUCCUCAUUUUAGUCAGUCCUCUGUCAAAGGUUGCUGAGUCUACAUUUUAAAUUAUCUUAAGCAGUGGCUUCCAACCUGGGGGCUGCAACACUUAGUCAAAUAACUUCAAAUGAAGUUUAUUUUUACUUGAAGCAGAAAAUCCUGUCAUAAUCUAAAUGAAAAGUUUGGCAAUUAUUGUAAACUGUAAAUUGUCUUGCUCAGAACAUAUCUUGUUUACAACCAACCAAAUAUAAAGAAAUACCUCAACAUUUCA